AUGAAACUCGAUGAGUGCAACCCAGCAUCUACACCAAUUGAACAAGAAAUGGUUUCACAGAAGGCAGACUUCAAGAACGAUGAGGCACUUCCGGCAAACAAUAACUAUCGCUUCGCGAUAGGGAGUUUGUUGUACCUCGCUACAAUAACUAGGCCUGACAUCAGCUUCGCCGUGAACUACCUCAGUCGAUUCUGCAACAAACCAAUGAAGAGUCAUCAGGCAAUGGUAAAACGAGUUUUCCAGUACCUGCGAGGAACUGCAACUGCUGGAAUCUACUUCGGAGGAGACAAGGAGUUUGUGGCAUACAUUGACUCAGACUUUGGAGGAGACUCUGAGACAGGACAGUCGACGAGUGGUGUGCUAGUGUUGGGAGGAGGACCGAUCAUCUGGUACUCCCAGAAGCAGCGUCUAGUGGCUACCUCUACUGCAGAAGCCGAGUAUCGAGCUGCGGUGUCUGUGAUUGACGAUGUGUGCUGGAUAAAGAGAAUAUCUGUUGAACUUGGAAUUCUGGAGGUUGAUCAGCUGAAAGUCGACAACAUGUCCGCAAUACACAUGCUACACAUUCUGUAG